AUGGCCCAGCUGGUUUCUAAUUUCCUCAUCACCCCCGUGUUACGACAAGCUCGCCGCUUCUCGGCCGGAUUCGCUGCCGAUGACGCCCCCGCGAUCGAUCCCCCUUCAAUGCAACGCCCGAGAGCACAAUCGACUGGGUUCCCUGGAGCACUAGGAACGACCAUAGUAGAGAGGGACCACGAGAAUGGGAACACACUAGCGAUAGAAGGGGCCAGCGGUGCGUUGACGACUGACACACCCUUGGAAUCUCCGGGUCAGGCUCAUGGCCCAGUGCCCUCUCCUACCUCAAGUCCGGAUGCUGUAACAUCUACAACCGCUACAUUUGAGCCCGACACCUCCAUCGCAUCCGCAGCCAUGACCGGACCAUCUCCAAACCUCACGGCUGAAAUGAGCCAACAGAACAAUCUGUCUCCGACACCCGAGGGUAUGGGAACCACUCGAUCCUCCUCUAGGCCCCGGACCACCCCAAUUCCCGAAGACGAUGGUAUGAGAGAUCUCCGCCGGAGGAUACAAGCCAUCCAAUUACUCGAGGUCACACAGGAUGCCAAAGCCCAACUGAUGCACGGCCUACUUACCGAAAAGUACACCAGCCUGCAACAACACUUGCCCAAAUCUUCCUCAGUUGGGCUGCGGCCAGUCUCACGAGCUAGCGCAAGUGCUGUUGACAAUCACCAAGAACCCCUGGGCUCUGGCGGAGCUUUGCAAAAUUGGAUGAAGUGGAAUCCUCUUGCUGACUCUUCUGGAUCGUCCGGCCCGGUCGAUCUGCCACUCACUGAGGAGGAUCUCGAGCCAACGUUUGCCCCGAAGCCGCAAUCAGAAGACAGGAAAGAUUGGUGGUCAGUGGAGGAAAACCAGGAAGAGGAAGAGUCACGCCUCGGGUGCCAACACUACCGCCGCAACGUCAAGCUACAGUGUUUCACGUGUGACCGCUGGUACACCUGCCGGCACUGCCAUGAUUCCGUCGAAGAUCAUGCCCUCCCCCGCCAACAAACCAAGCACAUGCUCUGCAUGAUCUGCGGCUGCGCACAAAAGGUUUCCGAUACAUGCACUAGGUGCUAUACUACGGCUGCCAAUUAUUACUGUGGAGUGUGCAAGUUGUGGAGUGACGACCCGAACAAGCCCAUGUAUCACUGUCCCGACUGCGGGUUGUGCCGAGUUGGCCAAGGGCUAGGGAAGGACUUUUCCCAUUGCAAGCGGUGCAUGGCUUGUGUCUCCAUGUCUGACACAAACCACAAGUGUAUCGAACGCGCGGUCGAUUCGGACUGUCCCAUCUGCAACGAAUAUCUCCUCGACUCGCCCAAGUCUGUCACUUUCAUGCAGUGCGGCCAUAGCAUCCACGUAGACUGCCUUGAGGAGCUUAAAAAGACCUCCUACCGCUGUCCGCUGUGCAACAAGUCCUGUACCAACAUGGAAUACACUUUUCGCCAGCUUGACCUCCAGAUCCUCGCACAACCCAUGCCACCGAACUACGCCGACUCCCGCGCCAUCAUCUCGUGCAACGAUUGCUCCGCCAAGUCGCAGACCGCCUACCACUGGAUCGGCCUCAAAUGUGCCAUCUGCAGCUCUUACAACACCACGCAACUACAAUUACUCGAUAUGCCCGGUGGCGAUGCCGCUGCCGAGCACCAACAGUCACAGCCCGAACCCCACCAUCUCCAAUCCGGACAGCAACCAAUAGCCCUCGACCCAGCCCUCGUCGAUGAAGAAAUGCGUCGCCGUAACCGUGCCUCUCGCCGUCAGCAGGAGCGCCAGCGGAACAGCGAGCAGAACCGGGGCCAGAACCAGCGCCGCGGCAGCAGCAACAGUAUGAUCGGCGCCAGCGCCAUGCAGCAGGCAUUAGGACUCCUCGCAACCUCUCCUUCUGCUUACUCGCGCGCCCUUAUUACCCGCUUGCUCAAUCGAGGUGCGCCGCCAGCCGACAAUCCGCCACCCGUAGUGGAAGAGGAGGAUCCCAAGUCCGCUAGUCUUCUCUCACCCGCCAGCGCUACUGUCUCGCCCCCUCCGGUCGUUACUUCAGCCAGGGCGGAGGAUGGUGACAGCGACAGCGACGACGAUGACGAUGGCGAGAUGGACAUGCUUGACCUAUUUGGCGGGCGAGACCGGGAUUUCGAUCGAGCCGAGAGUGCGGUCGAGUUUGACGAUGACGAAGACGUUAGCUCGGACGAAGACGGCAGCGACGGCGAAUUUGAGGAAGGUGACGACGACUAUGAUGAGGACGACGAGGACGAAGUGGAGGAUGACAUCCUGCUACUAGGACACAGAUAG